AUGCCGGAAUCAAUACAUACAAUGAGUUCCAAAGCUGCAAAAGAGCACAAUAAACAUAUCAUCCAACCACCAUCAUUUACUACAAAAGCCAUCAAAAAUUAUUUCAAAACUAGAAUAACUUCAUUGUGGGUGGGCAAAAAAGAAUGGUCAAAAUAUACUUGGUAUGAAAUAUUAAAUCCUUUCCCUCCUUUACUCGAGAUGAACUUACAUCAAUGGAAUUUUUUUUUUAUGGGAGCUGGUUAUUGGACUUUAGAUGCUCUUGAUUUUUUUAUAACUACAUUGAAUGUCACUGAUAUAAGUGAGAGUUUAGGUAAAUCAAAAAAAGAUAUUACGUGGGGUAUUACUCUUGUUCUUAUGUUCAGAACCCUUGGUGCAAUUAUCUUUGGUUUGAUUGGAGACAGAUAUGGUAGGAAGUGGCCCUUCAUUGUUAAUUUGGUUUUAUUAUGUGCAAUUCAGAUUGGAACAGGAUUUGUUAAGACCUAUAGUCAAUUUUUAGCUGUAAGAGCAAUAUUUGGAAUUUGCAUGGGAGGAGUUUUUGGUGUGCUGUUAGCAGAAGCUAUAUCUGAUGCUCCUGCUAGUGCUCGUGGUAUUUUACUGGGAGCUUUCCAAAGUUGUUACAGUUUGGGAUUUUUGAUAUCAACUGUCUUCCAGAGAGCAUUUGAAAAGACUAAACACACUUGGCAAAAUAUGUUUUUUUUUUCGGCAGGAUUAUCAUUUAUUUUCAUAGUUUGGAGAUUAUUUAAUCCAGAAACAGAUAGUUAUCAACGUCAAAAAGAGAGAUUCCUGAAGAAUGCAAAUGCUAAAAACUCUAAAUGGGCUGAAUUUAAAUCAUCUGCUGGAAAAGCUUUAAAGUCCUACUGGUUAAUUAUCAUAUAUCUAGUUAUAAUGAUGCUGGGAUUUAAUUUCUCAAGUCAUGGAAGUCAAGACCUUUACCCCACAAUGUUGAGCGCUCAAUAUGGUUAUGGCCCGAAUAGAAUUACCGUUGUCAACGUUUGUGCAAAUUUGGGAGCAAUAGCUGGUGGUAUUGCUGUUUCUCAUCUAUCUAAUUUUAUUGGUAGAAGAACAGCUAUUAUGUGUGGAAAUAUUUUGGCAGGAGCUUUUAUUUAUCCUUGGGCUUUCAAACCUAUGUGGAUAACUGCUUUCAUGAUGCAAUUUGGUAUACAAGGAGCUUGGGGAGUUGUUCCCAUUCAUUUAUCAGAAUUAUCGCCUCCUCAAUUCAAAGCUUUUGUAACUGGUGUAGCAUACCAAUUAGGAAAUUUAGUAAGUUCAGCUAGUUCAACCAUUGAAGCAACAAUUGAAGAAAGUUUACAUGAUUAUGGUAGAACAAUGGCAAUUUUUGUUGGUGCUGUUGUUGCUUUCUUAUUUUGCACUGUUUUAUUAGGACCUGAAAAUAGACAUGCAAGUUUAUCUGUUGAAAGAGAUGAUGAAUAUAGUAUAUUUGAAGUUGAUGAUGAUGAAGAGGACGAAGAGAACGAAUCUAAGUUAGAUGAUAAAAUUGAUGACAUAACUUUCGAAAAACCUGAAGUUGAACAUAAAGCCUGA